AUGGCGAUCCCGUUCGCACACGCCAAGGACGCGAGGAUAACGAUCCGAGUCUUCCUCUGUCGAGCACAGGUGACACUCCGCUUGACAGUAGUUGUCACCCCCUUCUACUGGGGUGGUCAGAUGGAGAACCACUUUGGGUGUGGGCUGAAAGUAAACAUCUUUACGACUAAUCCAUCUGACUGUUGUGAUGAUGCGUUUCAGACUUCCGCCCCGCUGCCGUACGUUGAGUAUCGUGGUUCGAAGGGGCAGUUGGUGGACUUGCCGGGGCGGGACGCGGCGGCGUACGGACGCGGGUUGGCGGCGCCGGGUAACCAAACGAGGACUUCCAUGGAUUUUAUGAACGCUCUGGUCAGAGCUCUUGAGCUGCACAGAUUACCCGCCGGCGACAUAACCCAGUCUAAGUAG